GCGUCUUUAGUUUGUCAUCUCUGCUUGUGGAAGUUGGUUGUUGCGGGUGUUUUCUAAUUGUUCAGAAGAUAUUUACAUCAUUACGAUAAUUAGUUGAACAAUGAGAUCAAUAAAACUGUAUAAAUAAUGAAGACAUGAGGGGUAGUUACCCAUUCAUCAUUGAAACAAAUUACUCAGCAGUUUAUUAAACGUUCCGGGGGGAUGACAAGCAGGGGUUGGAAGCCCAUAGCUCUUGGAAAACCGUAAUGGCUUUUGUAGCUGAGGAUGAAAGGAAGAUACAAACCAACAGCUAUUGGAAUUCAUACAUUGUGAAAUGAGGCUAAGCAAUGAUAAAUGAAGUUUAUAGAGAGACUGUUUUAUCAAACUAUUGGAGAAUUAUAGAACAUGGGUCAACAGAGACUAUCUGUAUUUGAUGGAGGACGUGGCGGCCGGAAAUUUGUGUUGACGUUGGCAAGUGGAAUGGUCUUCGGGUUCUUAUCGGCAUGUCUGCUGAUUACAGCCACGAGGGACUCCAGCAGGAUACUGAGAUGGCUGCCAGGAGGGCCUGGAGGAUAUCGAGAUCCUCAUCACUACUCUGAGCUGGAUUCAGAGAUAGGUCCAGACACAGAAGUGAAGUUUCACGAAGCUGAUGAAGAAUUUCACAAGGGCGAAGACAAAGUAGCUCAGGAAAUGGCUAAAAAAGUACGUGUCCUCUGCUGGGUCAUGACAGGUCCCAAGAAUCAUCAGACCAAGGCGAGACACGUGAAAGCCACUUGGGGCAAACGCUGCAAUAUUCUUUUAUUUAUGAGCUCGGCUGAAGAUCCGAGUUUACCCACUGUCGUAUUGCCAGUGAAGGAAGGGAGGGAUAAUUUAUGGGCCAAGACCAAAGAGGCGUUCAAAUAUGCUUAUGACAAGUACAAGGAUGAAGUCGAUUGGUUCAUGAAAGCUGAUGAUGAUACAUACGUAAUCGUGGAAAAUCUACGCUACAUGUUAUCAUCGUACAACCCCUCCUCCCCUCUAUACUUCGGCUGUCGUUUCAAGCCCUUCGUGAAACAGGGUUACAUGAGCGGUGGUGCUGGUUACGUACUUAGCAAAGAGGCCCUACGUAAAUUCAUAGAAGACGGAUUACCAGAUACUAAAAAAUGUCGCAGUGAUAAUGCUGGAUCUGAAGACGUGGAGAUGGGCAAAUGCCUCGAGGGCGUCGGUGUCAAAGCUAUGGACACAAGAGAUCCCUUCGGAAGAGGAAGAUUUUUUCCAUUCGUACCUGAACAUCAUCUCAUACCUAAUCACGUUGACAAAGAUUUCUGGUACUGGAAAUACAUUUAUUACGAGACCAAAGAUGGUCUCAAUUGUUGCUCAGACAGUGCUGUAUCAUUCCACUAUGUAUCGCCAAAUAUGAUGUAUGUACUUGAGUAUUUAAUUUAUCAUUUGAGACCCUACGGUGUAACUCACAAUAUCGAAGAGUUAUCCGUUAAGCCAUCAGCUAUCACCGAAUACUAGUCCAAUGAAAAUUAUAAAUAUCGUUUGUUAUUAUUAUUAUUUAACGGCCAUGUCAACUGUACAGUAAAAGAUUCGAAUGCUAGUCAUUAGACACCAACGACUCAUAUUUUUCCAACCGAAGUAACGAGUAACCGAAUUUAUCGAGACCUCGAUAAUUCAUAAUCGAUAAAUAAAAUUUAAUUGUGUUUUUUGAUAAUUUUUUCACGUCGUAUCUGACGAAAAUAGUGCACCAAUGCAAGAUUAAUCAAACGAAUAGUUCAGCAUGAAAAAGCACAAAUUUUUAAAUAAAUUAAAUUAAUGAAUAAAGGGAAUACGUAAAGUGGAUGUUUUUUAAUGCAGAAUGAGGAUAUAUAGUUAUAUAUAUAUAUAUACACAUAAAACUGUAUUUCAUAAUGUUAAUGGUAAUAAUAUAAUAAUCCCAAUAAUGUCGUUACUACCCAAGUAAUAAAUACUAUAAAUACAGAAGUGAGUCUGAGGAUUCUGUGUGAGUAAAUAAACCAAUGAAUCUUCAUAAUCUUCUUCAUCGACAUUUUUUUUCAUUUUGUUUUUUUCAUCAUCAGGGGAAUAGGGUUAUCAUUCUCUAAAUCCUAUGUACAAUUUAUAAUUUGUACUAUGCGACUGACGCAGUGGCCCCGCCUCAGACGCGCCCCAUUAUGUAAAUUUAAUUUUCUUUUAAUCAUCAAAAAUUUUGUCGCAAUAAUCCUUCCCGUUAAUUAGGGAAGAAAAUUGUAUUUGCACAAGGUAAUCGAUUAGAUUUUUCUGAUGAUAAAAGAAAAUAAACAAUCAAAUUGUUUCAUGGAAUAAACGAAAUAAUUUAGACACAACUGGUACUUUUUACCUCACAUUAUUUUUCCCUUAUUUUCUUCUAUCGUUCAAUAGUCCUCGUUAAUUCGCCUAAUAUUUUUAUUUUUCUUCGAUCGACAAUUAAAUUCAAUGAUAAAUUACUUAUUCUCAUUUUAAACAAUAUUUUACAUUACAACUGUUAUUUAUAAUAGAAUGUCACCUAUUAAUCAUCUCAUUAUCAUGAAUAAAACGUUUUUUGUUCUUCAUUUUUGUUUAUUCUCUUUUAAGAAAGGAAUUUUAAUUGUCAAAAUUAAUAUACAAGUAUCACGCCAUUAAAACUCUCAAUGUGACACUAAAAAACGUGAUAACAGGGUGGUCCCAUUGAGAGAAUAUCGUCAUUUCAUGAUUUUUAUUUUAAUCGAGUCGCGUCGUCAACUGAAUUACUUUUAAUAUCAAUGCAUCCACUUGGGGCUUGUACGAGGCAAAAUUAUGGGGAGGAAAGGGGAGAUUGGGAGAAAGAGAGAGCGUGGGAAGGGCUAUCUAACGAAUAUCAAAUCAUCAAUAAAAAAAAAUCAAUGUCGGGAGGGGGAAGGAGGAAAUUGAUUACAAUAAUUGGUAAUUCAGCUAAUAUUUAAAGCCCCACACGUCCUCACCGGUACUCUCGCUGUUGUUCCAUAAUUUUUAUGGUAUUUUUUUUUGUCAAUUAUUUUCUUUUUGUUCAUUUAUAUUCAUCUAUAUAAAAUUAAAAAACAACGUAAUAUUCGUUAUAUUACUUUGUCGCUAGUAAUAAUUAAAAGCUUUGUACAAAAAGUCCAUUUACAAUUAAAAACAUUUUUUUUCCCAUUUUUUCCUCUACUAUUUUGUUUCUUUUUUUUUUCUUUUGAUAUUACGCAACCAUUAUUAUUAUUUUCUUACUAGAGAUUCUGAUUAUUUCAUUGUUCAUAUCUUUUGUUUGUUUAAAAAUUCAACAAUCUAAAAAAUUCGAAGAGGCAAUGGAUUUUAUGCAAAAAAAAUAUUAUGCCCUAUUUUAUGCUAAAUAUGACGUAAUUUUAA